GCGAACUUGGCAGCUUGGCACAACGUAAGUCAUUUCAUCCCAGUGGUCUGGUCAGCGCCAUCAGCGCGCUUCGAAGACGUUUCGAGUUGGCAGAGAAACCCCAGAAUCCUCUGUAAACCUAGAUAGAUCGACUACACUGAACCGCGCAACGCAACCCUGACGUUGGCAGAUUUCUAACCUGGCCUCGAAACACUCUGGAAUCACCUCUGUGCUUGUAGUGCGAGCCUCGACUUUUCGAACAAUUUGCUCCAGUCUCAAACAGCCAUGGCUCUCGGUUCCGAAACGUACUCGAAAGUUCCCAGGCCUGUCGUUCCCGGCGACAGGAUACCACUCAAUAUCGAGGCAACGAGCGGGGUUACACCCACGAAAGUCCGAGUGGGGCCUGGUCUGCAUCAGGAGGGUGGAGAGCUCGUGGCGGUGAAGGCUGGGCUUCUGCAUCACGGGGCUGGGAACAGGUGGUGGGUGGACAACACUCAGAAGCGGUAUGUCCCAGCAGUAGGUGAUUCAGUCCUAGGAACAAUUGCAGCUCGACACGGCGAGUCCUUCUCAGUAGACAUUGGAUCGGCGCACCGAGCCAUUCUUCCCAUUCUCGCCUUUGAAGGAGCUACAAAAAGGAAUAGGCCAAAUUUGGAAGUGGGCACAUUGAUCUACGCACGAGUCAACGUUGCGAAUAAGGACAUGGACCCGGAACUGGAAUGUAUAGAUCUCAAGACUGGACGGGCGGGCGGAUAUGGGGAGAUCAAGAAGGGUUAUGUCGUGCGCUGUUCGCUGAGGACGGCUAGGAUGCUGCUCGAUUCGAAGAACCCGAUCUUUGCGUCACUAGCAGGGGCAUUCUCUUUUGAGACAGCAGUAGGAUUGAAUGGUCGCGUGUGGAUAAACGCCGGGAAGCCUGCACAAAUAAUAGCAGCUAGCCGGGUGAUACAAGCGGCGGACGGGGCGGCUGCGUCGGAUAUCGAGAGGAAGGUCGCGCAGGAGCUCCGAAAUUUCGCGAACUCGAUGGAUACCAGCUGAUAAUGUUCAAAUUGGAUGGUCCCGGUGGCCCCUCGCUCUACUCUACGGGAGGAUUGGCGUGUACGGGAAGGGCAGAAUGGGAUCGCUGGUGUAGAUAAUGUAGAUACCUUGUGACAACCUCUGAAUGCUCAUAUUUAUUAUCUAUAUCUUUCUUGAUGGGCGUGCGAAAACCAUCGAAUCCGACGAAAAAGCCUACUUGGCAGUCUUCCU